CAUCAUCUUCCCUAUUGGCAAAAUCUAGAAAUAUCGGAAACUCCCCUUCUCGAACAAUUGUGAGAAGUUGUUCUGACUUCUGACGAUCAUCCACCAUCUGCCACCAUAAGCUUCGCAAUCAACGACCUCUUUCAAUUUGCUACUGGUUUCAACGAUCUCUUCCGCUUUUUAGUACAAGGGUUCAACACGCUAUUCCAAAGCCAAGAAACUGCAUGAGCACCCUGAACUGAUGAGAGCUGCAGACAGCCACGGUGAUCCACCCCUGACCACCACGAGUAAGCAACCACUGUCCUCAUAGGCAAGAUAAUCCGCAAGGAGGGACAACUCACCUUCAACCGUAGGCAAUAAGUUAGAAUAGCUUCUAAAAAAGGAAGUUGUAGAUCACCCACAAUUAAUCAAACAUUCACAACCAAAGCAGCAGCUGCCAACAUGACGGAACCGAGGACAGCCAUGCAACAUGAAGCCGCCAGCGGCGACGCCCCUGUGGAUCGAGCGGUGUACCUCAAGAAAGAAUUGGAAAACAGAGUUCAGACGGAACCAGCUCUUUUUGAGUUUAUCCAAAGUGCUGCUUUGGAUGGCUUGUGGUACUGGGACCUUGAAAACAUGGAGAACGAAUGGCUGAGUCCAGAAUUCAAGGCACUCUUUGGCUACAAAGAUGACGAAGUGCCCAACACGAGCGCCUGGUGGCAAGACAACAUCCAUCCCGAAGACAAGGAUUUGGCCAUUAAAAACUUUCAAGACCACGUGACCAGCGGCGUUCCCUACAGCUCGAUUGUCCGGUAUCGUCACAAGGAUGGCUCGACCGUGUGGGUCCGGUGUCGAGGACAGGUACUGCGCAACAGUCAGGGAGUCCCCAUUCGCAUGCUGGGGGCUCACAAUGACUUGACGCAACUCAUGAAGAUCCAACAAGAGCUCAAGAAAAAGGAGGAUGUUCUGGACAUGCUCUGCACGACAGCUCUCGAUGGAUUUUGGGAUUGGAACAUGAAGACGGGAGAAAAGAUUCUCAGUGUCCGAUGGAAGAAUGCUCUGGGAUACGAAGAAGACGAACUCGAGAAUACACUCGAAACCUGGGAGUCGCUCCUGCAUCCCGAUGACAUGCCCAAGGCUCUGGCGGCACGGGAGAAACACAUGCAGGAGGGAGCUCCGUAUUCUCAAGUGCUCCGAUACAAGCGCAAGGAUGGAACCAUUGCGCACAUGCUGGCACAGGGUGUGGCGCAAAAGGACGAACGAACGGGGGAAUGGAUUCGCAUGUUUGGUACCCACACCGAUGUGUCCUACCUCGAAGAAGCCCGCGCUGCCAAGGCCGCCAAUCAGGCCAAGACCACCCUUCUGCGCACCAUGAGUCACGAACUUCGCACUCCACUCAAUGCCAUCUUGGGCAUGUCCGAGGUCCUGAUGGGGACCAACCUGACUCCGGAACAACAGGAGUGCAUGUCCACACUGCAGAAUUCGGGAAAACACUUGCUCAGUGUCAUUUCCGAUGUCUUGGAUUAUUCCCAGUUGGAGAGUGGCAACCUAACCAUCAACAAGUCCGAAUUCAGCGUUCAAACAUGUGUUCGAGACGUCGUCGCAGCACUAGGGUUGGAAGCGUCCAAGAAGAGUGUGGACUUGACGUUUGAUUCGUCCAUUGAUGCUGGAGCCAAGUUUGUCGGUGAUCCCGAACGAACGCGCCAAAUUGCCUUUAAUCUCGUAAGCAACGCCGUCAAGUUUACCAGUGAGGGUUCUGUCAAUGUAUCCGUUUCGAUCGAGCAAGACAAGGACGAUCCACGCUUGAAGGGCGUCCGGGUAAACGUCAAGGAUACAGGUUGUGGCAUGUCACCCGAUCAGCAAGCUGUCGUCUUUGAUGGCUUUACCCAAGCGAGUGAAUUGAUUCAGCACCAAUACGGAGGUUCGGGUCUUGGUUUGAGCAUUAGUCAAAAACUCACGUCUGCCAUGGGUGGCUCCGUCUCUGUCGAAAGUCAGCUUGGCAGAGGAAGCUUGUUUUCCGUGUGGCUACCGGGAUUUGUUCCAGAGACAAUACCGAAACGUUCUCUCGCAAAAACGACCAAAGUCAUCUUGUAUGACAAGAACGGAGCCCCUUUUGACGUUCUACAGGACGACUAUGAACAAGGCUCAGCCACCAAGGCCAUUCGAGCUGCGGGCCUAGAUGUGUACAGGAUUUCAACCUUCUUUGAGCUACAGCAAACCUGUCGCCAGUCGUCCGUCGAAGCUGUGGCUGUUCCUUCCAAAGAUGCUUGUUCGGACGAAAUUCGGCAGUUUCUGGAGAAGAACAGCACGGCGCUACUUUUGGUCAUUGGCAAGUGUCUCAAAUGCAAUCUACAAGAGUCAAAGUACAAGGAUCGCGUGCUGACUGUCCCACACUUUCCAACCAGUGAUGAGAUCAAAGAAGCCAUGUCGCUACAUCGCAAGAAGGCCGCACCUCAAUUGGAUCUUUACAACCUGGGGAAUCCAGGGAGAGAUUUGAGGGUGCUUCUCGCGGAGGACAACCAUAUCAACAUCAAAGUCAUGCGGAGGUUUCUUUCCAAGUUCCCCUGCAAGGUAGACGUCGCGUGCAAUGGAUUGGUAGCGGUUGAAAUGGCAGGAAGAAACACAUAUGACAUCAUUCUUAUGGAUAUGAUCAUGCCAGAGAUGGGCGGUUUGGAGGCAACACAGAUGAUUCGCCAGAUAGACGACAAGACUCCGAUUGUGGCAUUGACGGCAAAUGCAACUACUGAUGACAGGGAAAGCUGCUUUGAGGCUGGAAUGCAUGACUUUUUGACCAAACCCAUCAAUCUGCAGACUCUUCGCAAGACAUUGACGCGGAUUGCUGACAGUGUCAUUGAAAAAGAGCAGACCUUGGAAAAAAGAAUGAAACCUUCCAAGACCAAGCUUGAUCUUGGUUCUCCUGACAGCACAUUCUCAUUGAUAACAUUGGCCGAUGGCGCGCAGCUCACUUAUUCGACUGACGCUGCCUAAAUCCAUUCGUCAGCUGGCCCCAAGCGACUUUGUUGGUGCAACGUUGAUCCCCAAUUUUGGGACGAGCUUCGAUAAAGUUAAUCCCAAAGAUUUGAAUGUGGCUUCUUUAAAUUAUCCUUUUAGUGUGAAAGGAACUCCACUGAAAUGUUUAGAUCAACACCCUGGUGUGCUUCGAUGCGUAGUACAUUGAAGUAGAUCCCUUCGG